AAGAAAGCAAGUGCUAAAUAAGGUAGUGCGCGCUAGUACAAAAAGACUUACUGCAAAAGUGCAAAUUAAUUAGCAACGUAAAAUCGAAAUGAGUUUGCAAAGAACAUUAUUGGCUGUGCUGCUUAGUUGUGCCGCAAUGGAUACACUAAUCGGACCACAGACUGUGCAGGGCUUUGCCCUCGGUCAAUCGAAAUACGGACGCAUCGAGAAGUUCCCCUACCAAGUGAUGCUGAUCGGCAAACAGUUGUGGCGCAAGCGCAUACUCUGCGGCGGCACGCUGCUCGAUCAACGCUGGAUACUCACCGCUGGCCAUUGCACCAUGGGCGUCACACAUUUUGACAUCUACCUGGGCGCGCUCACCAUCGAAGAUGGCGCCGAAACGGGACGCUUGGUGCUGCGCUCGAAUAAAUUCAUCGUGCAUGAAGGCUUCAAUCCCGACACAGCGGCCAAUGAUAUCGCGCUUGUCAAGCUGCCCAUAGAUGUAGCCUUCACAGCGCGCAUACAACCCGCCACGCUGCCAUACCUCAGGCGCAACGAUGCGCUGACCGGCGCCAAAGUCGUUGCUACCGGCUGGGGUGCCAACAAUGAGAUGUCCAACUACAACCCCAUGCAAUACACCGAACUGCGUGUGAUCUCCAAUCAGGAGUGCGCCAAUGAAUUCGAUGUGGUGACAAGCGGUGUGCUCUGUGCGAAAGGCUUGCGCGACGAAACCGUCUGCUCCGGCGAUUCUGGCGGUCCACUCGUGCUGAAGAAUACGCAAACUGUCGUUGGUAUUACGAGCUUCGGACCCGCCGAUGGCUGUGAGACGAAUAUACCCGGUGGCUUCACGCGCGUCACACACUAUUUGAAUUGGAUCGAAGCGAAAACGGGCCGACUGGCACAGAACAUGCAAAAAGUGUCAGAACAAAGCGCGCAGGUGCAACGUCUGCAACCGGUGGCACAGCACGCGCAGGCGCUCAUGCGCAAUGCUGUGCGACUCAACGAGAAUGUGGUGUAAUUUAGGGCGCCAGCAGGCGUGUGGGUGGGGAAUUGCGAAAUUUUCAAGGGGAAAAUUUAGAAAAAUUCGUGUCUUUUGACUGACUGAAAACAAAGCUUUAACUAGUGAUUUUUAACUCGUAUUUAUUAUUAACUAUAAAGAAAUGUGUAAAUACUCAUGUUAGAAAGGAAGAAAAAUUUUAGAAAAACAAGGCGCGUGUUAGACAAAGGCGCGUUCGGCUUAAGUUGCAUAGCGCUCAGCGCCCGCUAGUGAUUCACUCGUGAAAGCGCUCUGACGCAAAAUACCGUUUAUCAGCGCGCACAGACGACACAAGCACGCUCGUGUGUGUGUGAGUGUGUGACAAACGGGACUCGUUCGACGCGUUCUUUCAAGUGUCCAGUUGCUGGCGCGCGUCAUUAAAACUGCUCGCAAUUAAGCGAUUUUAAGUGAAAUGCUUUAUGAAAUAAGCCCACAUACACAUACAUACUUACGUUUAAGUAAUAUAUUGUAUUACGAAUUGGAAGAUUGUGAUAUUUGUGAAUAGUGUUUAAUAGCAAAAAUGUUGUGCAGGUGUGCCUGUGU